AUGUCACCAGAGACACCGCCCCCCUUCCAGUAUCGCCAGCCUCUAAUGCCAUGCGUUGAGGAUGUCGAGAAAUACGCACCUGGUGGUUACCAUCCGGUCGACAUUGGUGACACCAUCCGUAAUGGCGAGCAGGCGUACGAAGUCAUCCACAAACUUGGCCAUGGGGGCUUCUCGACAGUCUGGCUAGUUCGCUCGUCUGCGCCCUCACCAUCUUACUAUGCCAUGAAAAUUCUUUGUGCCGAGCCUUUGGACGUGGCCGAUGGCGAACUGAGUGUCCUUCAACACCUAAGAACUGUCGCCGGCCCUGGGCAUCCGAACGUGGUAGUUUUGUAUGACUCGUUCACGAUCUCCGGCCCAAACGGCAAGCAUCGCUGUCUCACCUUUCCUGUUCUCGGACCAAGUCUACAGAAGGUCAAUGUUUCCACAGCGCUAUCUAGGAGUAUGCGACACCAGAUAUGCCAACAAGUUGCCAGCGCUAUUGCCUUCCUCCAUCACUAUGGAGUCUGUCACGGUGACCUCACCGUAUCUAAUAUUGUAUUCGACCUUCCAGACAUCCAGUCCAUGUCUCUAGCUCGUAUAUAUGAACUUCUUGGUCCUGUGAAGACGGAGAACCUCAGGUUGACCAGCGGCCGAUGCUCACCGCAUGCUCCGAAGCAAGUUGUUCAGAGCCCUCACCUCUCAAGCCUAGACUACUCUCUGCUCACUAAGAUUCGGAUUAUUGACUUCGGACAAGCCUUCUUCAAAGAUCGCCCGCCACCGUCGCUGGGAGUCCCAAUCGAUUUCUUCCCCCCAGAACUCUGCUUUGGCUAUCUACCCUCAGCCCAAAGUGAUGUUUGGCAACUUGCAUGCGUUCUCUACCAGAUUCACACAAAGAAGGUCUUAUUCCCCACAGUAUUUCGGAUAUUUGAGAUCCUAAUCGGUACGAUUGUAAACUAUCUCGGCCCGAUACCCCAACACUGGAAAGGAAAGUUCGACUUCGAUGAAUACGGGUACUGCGAACCGGGACAAGUACAGGACACAACAGAACCAGAGUGGUGGUUCGAAGAAAAACGCAGCGACAAGACAAUUGACAGCCGGGUUGCUAAGGAUGCAUUGCAUCUGUCUACCCGUCAACGAGAAGAGUUUAUCCGCUUGGUCUACGACAUGGUCGCAUACGAACCCGAGAAGCGCCUUUCAGCCGUGGAGGUGAUACGGCGCCUGAGGUCAGCGUCUUUCCUAGAGGAAGACUCAAGUGAAUCAGUAAAUGGGGGAUGA